UCGUCAUCGUCAGCAUCGUCAUCGUCAGCAUCGUCAUCGUCAGCAUCCAGCGUCCCUGCCAUCGCCGACAGCGCCGGCCUCGCCCACAUCAUCGGAAUCUCGGAAACCGCUCGUCGGCCCUGAGAUUGCCAAGUCCUCGACAGAGAAUCGACCCGAGAUCGCUCAGCCAGAUUACAACACCAUCCCAGCAUGAUCAGACUGCUGUCUCCUGGCCGACUUCUUGCCCGCAAGAGACUGUCCUCGACCUCGGCAUCCAAGCCGGCACGGGCUCGGUUUGCGCCAAGUCCCACUGGCAUGCUCCAUCUCGGCGGCCUUAGAACGGCGCUCUUCAACUACCUCCUGGCCAAGCAGACCAACGGGCAGUUCAUACUGCGGAUCGAGGACACAGACCAAGCCAGGACGAUUCCCGGCGCAACCGAAGCAUUGCUCCAGAUCCUUAAGUGGUGCGGCAUCCCAUACGACGAAGGGCCCGAUCGCCCCGGCUCGUUCGGUCCUUACAUCCAAUCCCAACGCUCCGAGAUCUACCAAGACCACGCAAGAAUCCUCCUCGAGAAAGGACACGCAUAUCGCUGCUUUUGCAGCCCUGAGAAGCUUGCCCGCUCCCGGGAGCAAGCAAUCGCAGCCAAGAAACCGCCGCAAUACGACGGGACCUGCCGAUAUCUCACCCCCGCAGAGAUCCAGCAAAAGCUGGAUGCAGGCAUGCCGCACACCGUCCGGCUCAAAGUACCCCACGCCGAAAAGUUCAUCUCGUUCAACGACCAGGCUCACGGACGCAUCCAGAUUGCCAGUCGCCAAGUGGACGACUCGAUUCUGCUCAAGUCCGAUGGGCUGCCGACAUACCAUCUUGCCAACGUGGUUGAUGACAAGUUGAUGAAAGUGACUCAUGUUCUUCGUGGCGAGGAAUGGAUUCCAUCGACACCCAAGCAUAUCCUGCUGUACAAGGCAUUUGGCUGGGAGCCUCCUGCGUUUGCACACCUGCCACUGCUGAUCAACAAAGAUGGCUCCAAGCUAUCCAAGCGGCAAAACGACGUUCAUGUGGAGCAGCUCAGGGACAAGGGAUACCUGCCAGAGGCACUGCUCAACUUUGUUGCCUUCCUUGGGUGGGGGCCCGGUACCAAGAAAGAGUUUUACACACUCGAAGAGUUAUGUCGCGAUUUCGACCUCGCCAACAUCAACAAGUCGCCUGCGGUGGUCACCUAUGACAAACUGGAUCAUCUCAACAAACAACACAUCCUUGCCCGACUUGCUGAUGCCGACAAGCGACGUGGGCUGGUCGAGGAGAUUCGCGUGCUGGUGACGAAGGAGUAUUCUGCCGAAAUGCAGGAUCCUCUGAAGACUCGGCUGGUUCGCCAACCCAGCGAAGAGAGCGACUACCUGACCCAAGUCGUUGUCGCUGUGAAGGAGAGGGUUCGCCACCUUCCGGAUUUUGUCCAGCUCUGCAAGCCGUUCUUCCUCGAGCCUGCGCUGGUCAGCGAUGACAGCACAAAGACGGCCUGGCGCAAGAAGAUGGACAACAAGAUCUUUGGAUCGGCCACCAAAUCGGUCAGACAACAACUGGCUACUGUCGACGAGACCGAUUGGUCCCUUGACACCAUCAAGUCCUCUGUCCUUGGCGUCGAGCAGGAACUUGGAUUGACUCACAUCCAGCUCAUGCAGCCGCUGCGGUAUGCCUUGACCGGGUCCAAGGUUGGGAUCGAUAUGCUGACGACGAUUCAUCUGCUCGGCAAGCCCGUUGUGCUGAGGCGGCUCGAUGAAUGCGUUGCUCGUGAGGUCUGAACCACUCCGAUCCCCCUUCCUGCAGAACUUGUGCAUGCAUGCUAUAGUUUUAUU